GCCUCUAUAUCUAUAGUUCACCGCCUCGACAUACCCUUCGAUCUCACAAACGUACCUGUAAUUGAAAACUUUGUCGGGCGGCAAGAUGAACUCUACCACCUAUGGCAGUAUUUCAACCCGAUCGAUUCCCGAUCACGAAAAGUUGCGAUAAUUCAUGGACUUGGUGGAAUGGGAAAAACACAACUAGCGGUCCGUUUUGCACGUGAACAUAAAGAUGAUUUCACCGCUAUCUUUUGGCUGAGUGGUAAAAAUCGAGGCACGUUAGUGCAAUCCUUGAGCUCUGUUUGGCCUCGAUUACCAGGGAGACUCCAGAAAAGCACGGCUAUCAAUAACGAAGAGCUAGAGCAAAGAGCUAGAGAUGUGUUAGAGUGGCUAAAGCAAGAUGGUAAUACGCGCUGGUUAAUUAUUUUCGAUAAUAUUGAUCAAGACUCUCGAAUCGACAGCGGUGUGCAGAAUGCAUAUGACAUCGAAAAGUUCUUUCCUAAAGCAGAUCAUGGAUCUAUUCUCAUCACCUCUAGGCUUCCAGGGCUUAUUGAACUGGGAAGGUCAUUCCCUAUCCAUAAGCUUGAAAAGACAGAGGCCAUUCUGCUUCUUCUUAAAAAUAGCGGUCUAUCAGGAAGCAACACUGUGAAGAACCUUGAGAGCAGGCCAGAUACCCUGGCCCUCGCCGACCGUCUUGAUGGAUUGCCACUGGCCAUUGUCAUCGCUGCAGCAUUUAUGCGUCAGACUGGGACUAGUAUUACCCAGUACUUAGAAUAUUACCAACAAUCAUGGUCUAUCCUACAGUCACAAUCAAGCCCUGAACGUCAGUACCAGAGAGGCAACAUGUUGCAGACGUGGAUGAUCUCAUAUUAUGAGAUCCAGGAUCGAGACCCAAAUGCAGCAAAGAUGCUACUACUACUUGCGCGCUUUGACAAUCGAGAUAUUUGGUAUGAGUUGUUAAAAGCUGCUUCGAAAAGCUCAGCUAUUCCAGACUGGCUCGAAAAAGCUAUAUCAAGUGGACUUGCAUUCAAACUUGCAGUGAAGCCCCUUGUUGAAUUCUCUUUUCUUGAGACUAAGCAAGAACAAGGAAGUUAUGCUAUGCAUCCUGUGGUACAGGAUUGGUGCUUCCACGUUGCUAGUGAAGAUAGGAAUGUGCAUUCUACCCAGCUUUCGGAGCUAGCGAUAAUUUCUGUUGGAUACGCUGUUCCCUCUUCAGGUGAUAGUAAAGAUUUAGAGAUUCAGCGACGGCUUCUCCCACACGCAAAUGCUUUGUGUGGUGCGCAAUACUCUGCUGAUUCCUUUUUUAUUUGGGGAGGAUUUCACGGACUCGGAAAUCUCUACUCAGAUCAAGGGAGACUGGAAGAGGCAGAAACGCUAUACCAGCGAGCACUGGCAGGCAAGGAUAAAGUCCUUAGCACAGACCAUGCGUCCACUCUCUGUACAGUUCUCAAACUUGGGGAUAUCUACAGAGAGCAGGGGAAGUUUCAAGAGGCAGAAAGACUCUACCAGCGAGCGCUGGCAGGCUAUGAGAAGACCCUAGGUCCAGAUCAUAAAUCUACUCUUGAUUCUGUUAACAACUUUGGAAAUCUCUUCUAUAGUCAAGCAAAGCUAAAAGAGGCAGAAGAGAUGUACCAGCAAGCACUAGCAGGUUUUGAGAAGACUCUAGGUCCUGAUCAUAAGUUUACUCUACCUACAAUCAGCAAUCUUGGAAAUCUCUACUAUGAUCAAGGGAAGCUCAAAGAGGCAGAAGUGAUGUACCAGCGAGCACUGGCAGGCUUUAGGAACACCCUAGGUCCAGAUCAUACGUCUACUCUUAAAACAGUCAACAACCUUGGCCGUCUCUACUCUGACCAAGGGAAGCUUCAAAAGGCAGAAGAGAUGUUUCAGCGCGCACUGGCAGGCUUUGAGAGCACAUUGGGUCCAGAUCAUACGUCUACUCUUGUUACAGUCAACAAUCUUGGGAAUCUCUACUUUGAUCAACGGAAGCUGAAAAAUGCUGAAAAGCUAUACCAACAAGCUAUGGCAGGCUAUAAGAAGACUCUUGGUCUAGAUCAUACAUCUACUCUCAGUACAGUCAAUAACCUUGGUCGUCUUUACUAUGAGCAAGGGAUGCUGAAAGAAGCAGAAGAGAUAUACUUAGAAGUUUUUUCAGGAUGCAAGAAGGCCCUUGGUCUAGAUCACAUAUCGACCCUUAUUGCUGUCAAUAACCUUGGCCUUCUCUACAAAGAUCAAGGGAAACUAGAAGAGGCAGAAGAGAUGUACCAGCUAGGACUGACAGGCUGGGAAAAAGCCAUUGGUCCAGAUCAUACGCUCACUCUUGAUAUUAUGAACAGACUUGGUCUUCUCUUCACAUAUCAGGGCAAGCUUAAAGAUGCCGAAGAGAUGUUCCAGCGAGCACUGGCAGGCUAUGAGAAGGCCAUUGGUCCAGAUCACGAUAUAACCCGCCAAAUUGCAGAAAGAUUAACUACACUAGGCAUUUCAGAGUAG